AUGGAAGCCGAGGAGGAAGGUGCAGGAACGAUGAUCGAGGAUAUCUACUCCAAUGGAGGUGUCGAGAAGCGAACUAAACCGAUUAUAAGUAGCGAACAGAUGGACGUGGAGGCUUACGCAAGCCUGUACAGUGGGAGAACAAAAAUCACCAGGCUUCUGUUCAUUGCCGAUCAAUGUGGAAACCAGUCUAUGCAGUUGGAGGCGUUAAGAAUGGCGUAUGACGAGAUCAAGAAGGGUGAGAAUACUCAGCUAUUUAGAGAGGUUGUCCAGAAGAUUGAUGGAAGGUUAGGGCCCGCUUAUCGGAUGGACCAGGCAUGGGCCGACAACGUUGAUCGUCGAGCUGAGCAGAGGAAGGAGAAACUCGAGAAUGAACUCAAUUCUUAUAGGACAAAUCUAAUCAAAGAAAGCAUCAGAAUGGGAUAUAAUGAUUUUGGAGAUUUUUAUUAUGCCCAUGGUGCACUUGGUGAUGCUUUUAAAAAUUAUGUUCGCACACGUGAUUAUUGCACUACAUCUAAGCACAUAAUUCAGAUGUGUUUGAAUGCAAUUCUGGUCAGCAUCGAGAUGGGUCAGUUUACACAUGUUAACAGCUAUGUUAGUAAAGCAGAACAAACACCAGAUGCACUGGACCCUGUUACAGUUGCAAAACUGAGAUGUGCUGCAGGGUUGGCUCACUUGGAUGGUAAAAAGUACAAACUUGCUGCUCGGAAGUUCUUGGAAACAGGUCCUGAAUUGGGGAAUAAUUACACAGAAGUGAUUGCACCUCAAGAUGUUGCAACAUAUGGUGGACUUUGUGCACUUGCUAGUUUUGACAGGACAGAGUUGAAGAACAAAGUAAUAGACAAUUUGAACUUCCGGAAUUUCUUAGAGCUAGUACCUGAAGUAAGGGAGCUUAUUCACGAUUUCUAUUCCAGCCAUUAUGCAUCGUGUCUCGAGUACCUUGAGAAUCUCAAGGCGAAUCUGUUACUUGAUAUCCAUUUGUAUGACCAUGUGGAGACUCUUUAUAAUCAAAUUCGUCACAAAGCCCUCAUCCAGUAUACACACCCUUUCGUGUCUGUUGAUCUGCGAAUGAUGGCUAGUGCCUUCAAGACAAGUGUUGCAGGAUUGGAGAAAGAACUGGAAGCAUUGAUCACUGACAACCAGAUACAGGCUCGAAUUGAUUCGCACAAUAAAAUUCUGUAUGCACGACAUGCUGAUCAAAGGAAUGCUACAUUCCAACGGGUACUACAGACUGGCAGUGAGUUUGACCGAGAUGUCAGGGCGAUGCUGCUCAGAGCCAAUCUUCUCAAGCAUGAAUACAACCUUAGGGCAGCGAGGAAAAUGUAGCCUGGUGGGCUAGCUACGAUCCUAAUGUUCUGCUUAUGGUUUUGGUUUGAUGAUUGCCUCUGUAAACACUGCCCUGGUAUAUUUGUUAUGGAGAUUUGGGUCGUUAAGUUUGGGUAACCCCAGGGAAAUUGUCUAUAUACUGGCAGUGGCGCGCCAUGCAUUGCUCAAGAAGCCGGAUGUCGUGUUUAUAUAUAUAUGAUGACUCUUCACUGUGACCAAUGGUUUUGGUCGUCUUUGUAUUGUAUUUACUAUCUGCUCCGGUGCAUUGCCCAUGCAUGCGCUUUGUCUAAGCAUUAUCAUCAUGUUAGUUAACAGAAGGCAAAUUUAGGACUGGAAUUGUUGAGGUCCACUCCACACUUUUGCUCAUUUGGGUUUUAAGAACUGUCAUUUGUUUCAUGUUUCUUUA